GAGUCAGCCGGGCCCCCCCCGGGUCCCCCCCCGGGCUGUCCCGCCCCCUCCGUGCCUAUCCCGGGCGGUGCCAUCGCCCCGCAGUGCCCUGAUCUGCGCUGCGCGACCCCACAGCCGCUGCCAUGCCGUCCCAGAUGGAGCACGCCAUGGAGACGCUGAUGUUCACCUUCCACAAAUAUGCGGGUGACAAGAACUACCUGAGCAAGGAGGACCUGCGUGCACUGAUGGAGAAGGAGUUCCCUGGAUUCCUGGAGAACCAGCGUGAUCCCAUGGCUCUGGAUAAGAUCAUGAAGGACCUGGACCAGUGCCGGGAUGGCAAAGUAGGCUUCCAGAGCUUCUUCUCGCUGGUGGCCGGACUGACCAUCGCCUGCAACGACUACUUCGUGGUGCACAUGAAGCAGAAGGGGAGGAAGUGAGAAAGGGCCCUGCAGCCCCAAUAAAGUGUUUUGUAUGA